CUGACCUGACCAUAAUCCCUUCUUCUGGAGUCGGGGUGCCGUCUGUCUGGGCUCGGCCACCUCGACCCUGCCCCUCUGCUCUGGCAUUUGUGUGUACGUGUCGGUGGUGUGUACGUGUGCUUGACGUCUGGGAUACCUUAGGUCCUUUGUUGGGAAACGGGCUGCGCGCCCGCAUAGCCUGAAGCGCUUGGCUGGAAGGCGAGGCAGGUAGGGCCCAAGGCUCUCCGUGCUCCCAGGCCGGAGACCAACGCGCGCCUGCCCUUGUGCCUUUGCAACCCACGGCGUGGUGGAACCAUUGCGUGGACUCAAUGUUGACGUGAGACGCUGUGGAUGUAAGGGAUCUGUGUGUCUACAGCUCGAGAAAGCGGUUAUUGCAUACUGAUGGAACCGUAAGCAUACCGAACGUUGCAUCCCCCGUGUCGUAUCCGUCAAGUGAAGUUUACUGUUCCUACCUUUUAAGUGGUGAUUGUGAAGGUUAGAUGGAAAUGUGAUAUGGGACAGUUGAGACAGCGCCAGGCACUAAGUAAGGGCUGGAUCAGUAGUAGCCAUUAUUAAUAGUAGGUAUCCCCCUUCCCACUUGCACAUAAAAAGAAACUGAAACCCAGGGAGGAAAAGUUACUUGCUCUGGGUCACCGAGCCAGCUGGUACAUAGUAGAAGUGAGAACCCGGGUGCCUUCACUCCCGGUGGGCCGCUUGCCAUCAUGGCCUGCACUUGUGUGUCCUAAAGGCAUGUUGGCAACGGUACCUCCACUUGUCUGUGAUGAUCUAUGUUCCUGGGUGUCUGUCUCUGCAGGGCCCCGGGGUCAAGGUUCCACUGAGACUCCCCUGUGAAUAGGGCUUCCUGAAGCCUGAGUGACGGCUGAACUUCUUGGCUUUAGUCUUCGCUCAAAGUAGACUGCUUCAGACUCCCUGAUUACUGUGACGAGGGGGGUCUCAGAGCACGGGAAAGAAGAAUUCAGUCCAGAAUCUCUUGCCGGAGUUUCUGGGAGAAUGUUGGUAAAUCCCCAGGAGGACGCAUGGAGGAUUUGGGUGAGGUCGCUCUACGGAGAUGGCGGUGUGGAGGAUGUGGUUCUGGAGCAGCAGAUCCGCAAACCCCAGAACAGAGCAGCCUUGUAAGAUGUGUGUGGGCAGGUCUGACACGCGUCAUCAACUUCCGCAUUUGUAACAAGUGAUUUAUGGAAAGCGUUGGGUCCAUGUUCUGCCAUCUUGGGACUCUGCCCUUUUCUAAAAGAGGUCUCUUGAGGAGAAUAUGGCUGCUGUUUGGGCAGCAACGUCUCAGAACCACUUGCCGGUGUUUCAAGACUUUGUGUCAUUCAAGGAUGUGGCUGUGAACUUCACUGAGGAAGAAUGGAGAGAACUAGACCCUGUGCAGAGAGUCUUGUACAGGGAUGUAAUGCUGGAGAACUACAGGAACCUGGUCUCCUUGGGAUUUCCAUUUUCUAAACCUGAUAUCAUCUCCCAGUUGGAACAAGCAGUAAAUCCAUGGAUGCAGGAGGGAGAGGUACUAAGAGGCAGCUGCACACAUUUGGAGACCGGAAAAUUAAGCCCAAAGAAUGUAUUUUCUGAAGAAGAAUCAUACCAGGGGAUAAGUAUGGAGAAAAACACAGAGGCUGAUGCAAGUUUGAAAGAAGCCUGGGGAUAUACAGGGUUCAAAGAGGAUGCUCAAGAUAGACUCUGGAAAGAAGCAACGGUUAUCUUCAAGAAAAGAACUUCUGUAGCUGAAAGUAACCCCAAAUGUAUUGAAUCUGGCAGAUGUGUUAGUCCAAAGUCAGACUUUGUUACACAAUCAAGACAUCCUAAAGAAGAGAGACCAUAUAUAUGUGACGCUCAGGGAAAGAUCUUUAAACAGAAUUCAAAAUUAGCAAGACAUCAGAAAGAUAGCACAAAUGAGAAAGCUCUUCAGUGUAAUGAAUGUAGUAAACUACUCAGUGAUCGCUCAGUAUAUGUGCAACAUUGUAUAGCUCAUAGUGGAGAAAAAAAUUUGGAAUGUAAUCAGUAUGGGAAGACCUUUGGCCAUGGCAUACACCACACUGAACAUGAGAAAACCAAUAUUGGAGAGAAGUCUUAUGAAGAUAGGAAAGGCUAUAUCUGGGACUCGUACCUUACCAAACAUCGUCAGAGUGUUCAUGGUGGGAAGGAAUAUAAUGCGCAUGAAAGAGCCUUAAUUCAGAAUGCACCUUUUAUUCAGCAUCAGAGAACCCAAUACAGAGAGAAACCUUAUGAAUGUAGUGAAUGUAGAAAAGCUUUUGGUAAUUAUUCAGCCCUUACAGUACAUCAGAGAAUUCAUACUGGAGAGAAACCAUAUGAAUGCAAUGAAUGUGGGAGAGCCUUUAAUCAUAGUGCCUCUCUUAUUCAACAUCAGAGAAUCCAUACUGGAGAGAAGCCCCAUGAAUGUAAUGAAUGUGGGAAGGCUUUUAUUAAGAUAACGCACUUUAUUCAACAUCAGCGAAUUCAUACUGGAGAGAAACCUUUUGAAUGUAACGAAUGUGGUAAAGCCUUCAGUCACAAUUCAUCCCGUAUUGAACAUCAGUUUAUUCAUACUGGAGAGAAGCCCUAUGAAUGCAGUAAAUGUGGGAAAGCCUUUAGCCACAACUCGUCCCUUAUCGUCCAUCAGUUUAUUCACACUGGAGAGAAACCCUACGAAUGUAGUGAAUGUGGCAAGGUCUUUAGUCAGAGCUCACACCUCUAUCAACAUCAGAGAACUCACACUGGAGAGAAACCUUACACCUGUAAUGUCUGUGGGAAAGCCUUUAGUGAUCGAUCGGCCCUUAUUCGCCAUCAGAGAACUCAUACUGGAGAAAAACCCUACACGUGUAGGGAAUGUGGUAAAGCUUUCAGUCAGAGCUCAACUCUCAUAAAACAUACAAAAAUCCACACAGGAGAGAAACCUUACACCUGUAAAGAUUGUGGGAAAGCGUUCAGCCAGAGUUCGUCUCUUACUCAGCAUCAGAAGAUUCAUACUGGAGAGAAACCGUUUGAUUGUCCUGAGUGUGGGAAAGCCUUCAGCAGAAGUGCCCAUCUUACUCAACAUCAGAGGAUUCACACUGGAGAGAAACCCUGUGAGUGUAAUGAAUGUGGGAGAGCUUUCAGGUGUAGUUCAGCCCUCAUUAGGCAUCAAAGACUUCAUAGUGGGGAAUCACUCUGAACGUGUCAUCCAGACUCUUCACUUUGUUAAAUACCAAAGAAUCAUACUCUCGUGGGUUAUUAUAAUUGUGAUCCUUUUUUUUUUUUUCCAAAUGCUGAAAAUGCUCCCAUUUCCUCCUGCAAAGAAUUAGCUGCCGGAAUACCACAAAUGCACAGGAAGAAACGCUGAUCUGAAACCUGGAGUAGCCCAAGAGACUCCAACCAUCAGACUUUCUGUGUGUGCGUGUAUGUGUGUAUUUUCAUCUGUACCUGAAAAUGACUAAUGUCACCAGGAAGUGAUUUUUUUUUUCCCCUGGCCCCAGGGAUAGGCUGUUCCAACAUGCAAAGGAGUUCUAGUUCAGAAUUGAGCCCAUUGCUCCUCCUUGUACUGACCGGAAUACUGCCGUGUCCAAGUUCAACCGACUCAUGGUGGAUCGUAUAUUCAGCGACCUUUCUAUGAAUCUUUGCCUUACUAUACAAUUAUUCCUACCCCUAGUAAUAAUGUCCUCCCUAAAAGGGCUCCUUUGAACUCUCCCUUCUCACUGACUUUCCUAUCCUUCUACUUA